CGAGUGUCUUCCAUCUUCUUCCGCGACCUCGACGCCGGUUGCUGCCGUCCAUCUUGGUAUAUCCACACGAGACGGGCAAACAUGCUGGAAAAAUGGGUCGAGGGUUUGAUCGUCGAGUACUUUUCGGAAUGGCUCGAAGGGUUCGACAAGGACGGCAUGCGCAUUGGCCUCUUCAGCGGGAAAAUUUGCUUUCAGAACCUCAAGUUCCGCAAGCAAGCGCUGGACAAGCUCAACGUACCCAUCGUGCUCAAAGAAGGUCGGCUCGGAUCGCUCAACGUCAAGGUGCCGUGGAAGCGGCUGUCGAAGGAGUCUGUGCAUAUCGUGCUGGAAGAUCUGUACCUGGUCGUCGGGCCCUACCAUGACGAGUCGAGCGAAACCCAGUCCACUGUGGACGAUCGCGUUCGUCAGGCCAAGCAGCACGACAUUCGGCUGCGCGAACUGCUUCAGUCCACGGCCAAUGACGUGGAUGGCUGCCUCGUGUCGCCCCCCACGAGCCCGAAAGCAGCAUCGUCGCCGUCGUCAUCGUGGAAGCAAAAGAUGCUGAAUCUAGUCUUGGACAACCUCACGUUUGAACUCAAACGCAUCCACGUUCGAUACGAAGACAGCUCGCUCAUGGUGUCCGCUCGGCCAGUGUCGUUCGGUGUGUCCAUCGACGAGCUCAAAGUCUCGACCACCAACGCCAACGGCCACGUAACGUUUAUGGACCGGUCGACGUCGCACACGCCGUUUGUGCACAAGUUAUUUGACGUGGUCGAGGGGUACAUUUACUGGGACCUCCACAGCAGCCCACCAAGUACUACUAGUAAUGCUGUUACUACUAUCCCCACCACAACCCCGGCUUCUCCAUCCAGAUCGAGUUGUGCAGCAGCUGCUCCCUCCUCCAAGAUGACAUACCUUGUGGAACCCAUGACCACGUCCAUCAAGAUUACAGAGAACCACGACGCAGCGUCCCAUCAGUUCAUUCCGCAGUACCGCGUGCAUGUCGCCCUCCCGUCGCUGCGCAUGACUAUCUCCCCCAGUCAAUGCAAAGACAUGGCCAAUGUCGUCGACUUUCUCGUCGGGCAUGAAGUGUACUUGAAGCGCAGCCACUGCCGCAAAGCCCGCCCGCGGUGUUCGGUCCACGAGAGCCCCAAACGGUGGUGGAAGUACGCGAUUCAAUCGGUGCUGGCCCUCGAACACGACCCCCACAAGAGCACGUGGCGCAAGACCAUCGCACUACUAGUUUUACGAAGCCAGUACAUUUCGCUCUACAUGCGCCUUCUCCCGCUCCUCGCGGCUGACAAGGCCGUGCCCGAAACGGACGCCCAGCAGCGCCGGAUUCUGGAGGAUGACCCACGGCUGUCCGCCGAAUGCAUCGUAUUCUUUCGGGCGUGCGCGGUCGCCGAGCUCGACAUGCAGUCGCACCGGCGCAAACAACUCGCCAAGUCGUCGGCGUCGUCCAAGUGGACCAGCAUGCUCAAGAAACCCAAACCCACCACCCCCGUCCACUCACCCCCCCGGACAGGGUUCUUCUCUCCUAAAGUGACCGUCACCCAGCCCAGUUCACCGACCGUGUCCAGCAGCCAUGCCCCUGCGGUGUCUUCCCCACGGCCUGUCCCUUCCGUCGCCACUCCGCCGUCGUCCCCCCAUGUCCCCCUGCUCACGUUGGACCCGCUAGAGCGCCAACUCGUGUAUGAAAGCGUGAGCCAGCAGUAUUUCGACCCACCCCCUCUGAAGAAACCGCUCCAGGCAGCAGCUUCCCCGCUAUCGAGUAGUGCCAACACUUCGUCCACGUCUCGAGCGGGCCAAGUGCUCGGCCUCGACGUCGCGAUUACGGAGAUCGUGUGCGCAGUGGCGAAGGAGCCCAAAGGGUCGUCCACGGACCGCAAAGAGUUUGUGCGUUUCCUUGUCACCGACUUGGCGUGGACGUACAACCAGCACAUGCGGCUCCCCCACACGACUGGUCCCCCCAAUCAAGUCGAAACGAGCACAGUGUUUCAGAUCCGAGACAUGCAAUUGGUGGACGCCACGCAACCGACGGGGAGUCCGUUGGCGGUGAUCUUUGGCCAUGCCAAGAAAGCCAAGACCACGGCGCUCGUGGUGGUCAAGUUCCACCGCCGCCCCGCCGUCGACGCCGCCCUGGAUGUUGCCAUUGACGCGUGCAGUUUGCUGUACCACAAGACUGCGUUUGACAAAAUAUACAAGUACAUCACCCCCGACCAAAAGCACUCGAAGGUGUGUGUAUCAGACCCAACGACGACCUCCUCCCCCAACAAGGCGGCCGAGCCAUCUUUGAACGAGGCCGAGCCAGCCGCCUCCGCCUUGACGACUCCGCUGCGGCUGACGGUCCACAUCACCGACGCCACCUGCAGCAUCGCCGGCGAAGUGUCGGCCAAAACUCAUGAUAGUUGUCCAUUUGUAGUGCUGCACGUGACCAACAUACACGUGCGAUCGAUGGACGUGAGCUCGCAAGUCGACGCGAGUGUCGACAGCAUCGAUGCUUUUCUACUCGACCAAGCGCACGUCGCCAAUAUCUGGGACGACCCGUCGCUGCAGACCAGCAGCCGCAUCGUCAAAAAGUUCAAAGGCGACGGGAGCGUGCACCGAGACCACGUGUGCUGGACCUACACGGUGCGCCUGUCGUCGUUCGAUGCCAGCGUGUCGGAGACGCAAGUGCGUCAACUGAUGCAAAUCGCCGCGUACUUGAGCCGACCGUCGGCUUUGUCGUCCGGAUCGGGGGGUGCGCCGCAGCCGCUUCCCACUUCCCGCGCCGUCGCGAUUGAGAUCGCGAUCGUGGUGCCGGUGGUGUCGGUCCGAUUUGUUGGCAACGAACGGCUGCGAAGUGGUCUCUUGAUCGAAGGCACGUCCGUGGCCACAACGGCCAAGUGCAUGCGGGAGCUCACGUCCAUCCAUUUCACUGUCGCGACGUUUGUGGCCACCGAAGCCAUGACACCUACCGCCCACCGUCGGACGUACUCGUUUGGGCGGGCGCUGAUACAUCUGCCGUCGUCCAUGACUCUCUUCGCCGUGCUCGGACGAGAAGCCCCGCCGACGCUCCGCGUGGACAUGUCGCACCUCCACCUGUGUUGGCACUACCACGUGAUUCAGGAUCUGCUGGCGCUGGUCGUGGCGCCGCUGCCGCUACCACCCGUGGUGCCGUCCACGGCGCUGUUUCUGCAUGUCCGGGUGCAUGUAGGCUCAUGGGAGUUUGUGAUGAAUCCGACAGGGGACACAGACAUGGUCGUGACUGGCCACGACGUCGAAAGCACCGUCGAAGUAUUGGAAAACGGCGACGUGUUGGUCGAUGCGGCCGUGACGAACGUCGAGAUGGGGACGACGACGGCACAUGCAUCAACUUUGUCAUCGUCUGUAGCUCAAAACGAUGCCGAGAGCCCCGCGAUAACAACGCAUGAUAAACCUCACAAGCGCGUUCUUGUCACGUUACCACACACGAGCACGGUGCGGUACGAAGCCAGCGGAAUGUACGCGCUGCAGGACCGGGAUGGUGCGGCGGCCUUUCUGGACCUGAUCGUGGCCAAUGCACGCGUUACGUACGUUCAUGGCCUGUAUAUGAUGCUCGCAGGGUACAUGGGGACGUACAUCACGGAGUUGUUUACGUGGCUGUACUUGGCUCGCGAAGGUACCCCCGGCAAGACGACGAUGGAUCCGGCAUUGUUGCGGUUGAAGGUGCAAGGGACAGUUGACGACAUCACUGUGUGCUUUCCCUCGUCGCAGGAGGCUCGUGAUGAGGCAAGCGGACGGGGCGUCGAGUUGGUGGCAACCAGCGUUCGAUUGCACUCGAGUCGGUACUUGGACACCCCGUACGAGCAGCUGACGGUGGACGUGGCGUCCGUCGUGGCGGCGCCGUGGUGGACGGACGACAGCGUGUCGGUGCGCGUGCAGCAUGUGCUCCAACUGGCACAAAACCGCCAGCUCAUCACUGUCCAUGUGCCUACUUUGCACGCAGCGCUUCACGUCCGCGCAUUGGAGGAAGUCCUGACUGUCGUCGCGACGAGUUCCAUGGCAGAAGGGGGUGUUGACUUCUCAGUGGAUAGACCGCUUUUGGCCCUGGGAACGCCGUUAUUACCGCCCGUCGUGGGAGUCGAAACGACCAUGUCCAUUGGUGUGGAUUCAUUCGAAGUGCAAACUGAUGUGAUUCCUUUGUCAAAGGCAAGUACGUCGACCCGACUGAGACUGGACGCGCUGCAUGUGACAGUGCACGUGACGUCGACGAGUCAUACUACGGUGGACGUGACGUGGCAGUGUCUCGAGCUGGCAGAUGCCCACCAGCUGUGCCAGGUGCGGACGGCGGGACGACCCCGAAUCGAGUUGGAGGUGGAACCCUCGGGCCAGAAAACCCUCGACGUGUCGUUGGAUGGGUUGCAUGUGGUUCCAGAUGUAAAGGUGUUGGGGGAGUGGGUGGCAUUUGGUCAGAUGCUUGCUGCGUGCGCCAGUGCAGCUACCCCUUCCAAGGUGACGUCGACGUCAUCCGCACCGUUGGCAUCCGAUCCGUUGUUGCUACACCCGUUGCACUUUCAUAUCAAGAUCCACGCCGCACAGGUUCAACUGCACUCGACUGUCGAGUUCCAACAGAGGCAAUUCCUCGUGCUACAUACCGGCGUCAGCAUCACAUUUCACAAAGCCAUCGUUCGCGUCGAAGGCCGAGGAAUCGCCGUCGUGUUGGCGACCGAGUGGCCCCUUCCGUCGUCGCUGGUGCUGCCGGACGCCCUGCACUUGACCCUUCCAAACGGUCGGGCGUUGUGUGUGCCGUUUCAAGUGGACAUUGACGCGGCGUCGUCAGCGCUGCAGGUGGUUCUGUCCCCCAUCGACCUCGUGCUCAGUCCAUCAGAUCUGUGGCUGGUGUACGCCACGGGCAUCAAGUAUGCUGGUGCGUUCGGGUCGUCCACAGAGCCUUUGUCGUUUGGUGCAUCGUCAGCAUUGCAAGACUACUUUGUCAGUAUGGUGGUAUCGCAAGCGUCUGUAACCCUCGUCGCCCCCGACGGCACCAACAGCCCCCCGACCGACCAAACAGGCGGAGGACACCUCGUGCCCAAGAUUCGCCUAUAUGGCCAUCGCGCGCUGUUCAAACACUCGUGCAAGUCGGCUGCGACGACGUCCCAGUCCACAGACUGGAGCGUCACGUUCACGGACGACGCAUGCGACAGCGUGGACGAAGGCAUGAGCGUGUGGUGUUUUAACGGGGCGUUGGGGGUGUGGGAGCCGUGGGUGGAGCCGUGGGCGUUCCUGCUGUCCAUGGUGCAGACGGUGGAGGACGACACGACGAUUCACCGGGUUUGUUUUCACGGGUCCAAGCAGCAACAGUGUCGCAUGAACGUAUCGACUAGUGUCCUGGACUGCGUGGGGGCAAUUGUCGUGCCGUUCCUGGCGUUGCUUGACAAAGAAGAAGAGUCCAAGACUGGUCUUGCUGCACCUACAGCCGACGUUGUCGCAGAGGACAGAUCCACUCGGGAUGACCUCCAUGAUGCAAGAGGACAACCGAGCAAGCCUGCAACGGCGUGCUGCGGAGUCUUUCUCUACAACGAUACGGCGCUCGAGCUGGAGUACCAAGUAAACGACAGCGGAGAUGCCAAACACGUGGUGCCCCCGCACACCCAGUCGGCGCUAGCCCUGCCCUGCCAGCCGCUUCUAGUGACGGACCACACCAUCAGCCUCAGCUGGAAGCACACGUGGCUGCCGCUCCACGACGUCCGGCUGCACGCAUUCAGUCAAUCCGUGGUCGUUGUGCCCGCGAUCAACAACAACAAGCAGGUCAUGCCCUUGUUGUUGGACGUGGAAGCCCGCCACGGCCAACGGACGCUCACCAUUUCGUCGAUCGUCAAGGUGUACAACGACUGCUCGGUGCCGAUUCGAAUUGGAUGUAUGCGCGACGGCAGCGCCAUUGUCGACGCCGGCAUGGUGGCGCCGCUUGAAAGCAAAGGGCUGCCCCUGGAAAUGUGCGAGUCACUGCACGGUCUCCGCCUCGUGGUUGGUCCUGUGGCCCCCACUUUGACUGAACCUGGACAGAAAGUGUACCAGUGGAGUGAAGCAUUUGCGAUCGACUCAGGGGAGACGUCGCUGGUUGCAGCAUGUCCGCUCGCGGUUCUCGACACAAAGCACUGUCUGUGCAUGCCGUCGUUCAGCACGACGUCACCGCAGCUGUCGUCUACAUCCCAGCUGUGCAGUCAUGGCAAAAUGUACUUCAAAGUCGUCCUAGAAAUGAAGACGGGAACAACUGGUCUAUCUUUUGCGUCCGUGCGGGUGUUAGCGCCGUGCACGAUGGACAACCAAAGCCCUGUGCCGCUAUCGCUGUUGGUGUUUACAACGAAAAAGAAAAAUUCGAGUACGCCGACCAAAGGGGGGGGGGGUCCCUUGCUCGACGAAGAGAUCGAGCCCAUCCAACUGCACCUUGUCACAUCCACCGUCGUGCCCCCCCACUCGAAAGUGCACUUGUACCACGCGUCGUUGCAGUUCAAAACGUACGCGGCAAUGGCCCUGGCGCCGCACCAGUGGAGCCAACUGCAGUCCAUGGACAGAGAAAUCGAGUCAAUUGUAGCGUUAAAGGAUCGUCAAAGCCGGAUUCACGCGGUGAAUUGGCACUCGACGACGCUGCAUCACCAGCUGGCCGCGACCGUGUGGCCCACAUACGUGCUCAAGGACGAGUCCAAGCUGCACCUACUGUUUGACGUGGAGCUCACGGCGAAAAAGUCGCUGUCGUCGAUGCUGCACCUAUCCAACUCGAAAAAGUACUCGUCCAGAGAUAACCCCUUGUCGUGUGCCACGGAUGCGUUGGAGACGGAUGUGAUCGAAGCGACCCUUGAAGUGCUAUCUGAGAUGAUGGCGACGACUCCCCCGGCCUCGGACGACCCUUCUAAAGUCGACACCACGGAGGAUGUUUAUCCGUAUUUAUUGUCUGGCACGUCGCACGUCACCAUUCGACUCGAUCCCGUUCGCGGCAUGCGCACGUCCACCGCCGCCAUCCACCUCGAAGCAAUCAGCGACUCGGUGCAAAACUGCCACCGCCUCUUCUCCGACGCGCGCAAAGAGUGGCACGAUCUCGGCGUCCGGAUGACGCUGACUUCGCGGGCUAAGAUCGUCACCAUCCACCCGCGAUACAUGGUUUUGAAUGCGACGCCGAUUCCGUUCCUGUUGUGCCCCACCGCGCUCGUCAAUAAGACUGCCGCCGCUGCCCCGCCGCCGCCAUCAGGGGACCCCCCCCGAACGUCGUCGUUUUCUACACCUCGUCAAAACAACGCGACGGACCGGGUCGUCGGCGCCCCCCCCGCCGGCAUUUGGACGUUUGCCCCGAACGCCCCAUUCACGCCGUUCCACUGGUCGUCCAUGGCCGACCCCACCGACUAUUCUGUGCGAACCAAGCCAGGGGAGUCGGCUGGGUGGAAGUGGAGCGGCAAGUUCAAUUUGCAUCAAGUGGGUGAGACCGCGCUGAACGUGAUCAACAAGGCCACGGGUGAGGUGCAUGUGGUGCGUAUCCACAUUCGCGUGGUGCUGGCGACGCAGAUCUGGGUCGUCGUGUCGUUGGAAGGGGAGGCAUCGCAUCCUCUGUACCGCCUAGUGAACCGCACAUCGAUGCGGCUGCAGUUCUGGCAGCAGUUUGACAUGGACCCGGGGUACGUCCGGGAGGUGGGGGCGAUGGCGGACGUGUGGUUUGGCUGGGACGAACCGUACGCGACCGACGACCGAACUGUGAUUGUGAGUGUACCAAGCGAGUCCAAGGCGGCGGCGGCGCGUGUUGUGGUCGAUCAGAUCAACGACAUGGUGCAGACAAUGCAAGUGGGUGCCGUGGAGUUGUACGUGCAAGUGUAUUUGGACGGACUCACCAAGGUGCUCGACGUGAGUGACCGCCGGUCGACAAGGGACACCCUCAUGCGGAUUGCGGCAACGGCAGCCCCGACAAACAUCCGGUACGUGGUGGACCUGCUGCUGCCGUCGCUCGUGCUGGCACUGGUCCACGGACAGGGGGAGGUGGUUGUUGUGACCAUCGGCGACAGCUCCGUCAUUGGCGGGUACACCCCCGACGGCAAUGAGAUUGAAGUCAAGGUGCAAAGCGUCCAAAUCGACAACCAGCACAGCAAGGCGUGCCCAGUGUUGUUUGCCCCGAGCAAGGAUGACGGGGGUGGGGGGGACAAAGGGGUUUCGAAACCCAAAGAGAAUGCGAUACUGAAUGCGCCAGACAUGGCGCCGUUUCUUCACGUGUCGAUCGUGCGGUUGUUUUACCACCCUGACAUUGAAUUCUUCAAGUACUUGUCCGUGUUAAUGCAGCCCGCGACGUUGCAGUUGGACGCGUCCAUCUUGUUUACGCUGGCGACGAUGGUGUCGGACUGGCUCAAGGUCGUCAUAGCGUACUUCCCUCGACUGUUUGUGGACAAACCUGUGACGACGUGCGUGGCGCACAAGAUGCAGAGCGAGCCCCGCGUGUACUUUGAGACGCUGCAGCUGCAUCCGCUCAAGCUGUGUGUGACGUUUACCCAGAGCACGUUGCCAUCUCAGGCUGAAGACGUGAUGGCGGUAGUACCGGGUAUGUUUCGCAUUUUGCAAACGCAUUUGGCCAACAUUGACAACGCCCCUCUCCACUUGAAUGCUUUGCACAUUUUCCAUUCGUACACGUCGCUGGCGCUGUUGGUGUCGUCCGUGCGCCAACACUAUACGAGCCAAUCGUUGCGGCAGAUUUACUCGUUGAUUGGGUCGGCCGAGAUUCUAGGCAACCCCCUCGGGCUCGUGUCCAACUUGGGGUGCGGCGUAAAGGACUUUUUCUACGAGCCCGCAGCCGGCAUGGUGCGCGGCCCAGGGCAGUUUGUCAAAGGGCUAACCAAGGGCACGGAAAGCCUGGUGAAAAAUUCCGUUUACGGCACAUUCAACGCCGCGAGCAAGCUCACGGGCAGCAUCUCCACGGGUCUGGCCACGUUGUCCAUGGAUAAAACGUACAUUCAGUCACGGAUCAACCGACCCAAGAAGGAUGGACCAACGAAUGUGGGCGCGGGGCUGCUGCUUGGCACCAAGCAACUUGGACAGGGCAUCCUGGCGGGGGUGUCGGGGAUCAUUACACAGCCAGCGAUGGGCGCGUACCACAAUGGCCUGACGGGGUUUGUUGAGGGCGUUGGGAAGGGUAUUCUGGGUGCGGCAGUGAAACCCACGGCGGGGAUAUUGGAUUUGGCCGCGCAAACGACUGCCGGGAUCACGUACUCCGCCGCAUCUUUCGACAAGAAACCCAAGCUCACACGCGUGCGGCUGCCUCGCAUGAUGACAACAGCCGACAAACGACUGACAAUGUACUCGGCUCAAGAGGCGUCGGUGGCGUGGUGGUUGUCCAAGUUGCCAGCUGGUACGUUGAGUCCGUCGGAGCAGUACGACACGCAUGUGCUGCUCCCGUCGAACCGCGCGCUGGUGGCGACGUCGCAUCAGCUCAUGGCGCUGGACAUGACGGCCAAGCCGCGGGUGCUAUGGGCGUACCCGGUAUGGAAUGUCCGCAGCAGCCACAGCACGGACGACAGCGUCCAGCUGUGCAUUUCCCACGGUGACGACAUUGGUGACAAUAAACUCGUCACGGUGCAGCUCAACUUAACCGGAGACGACCGAGACCGCGUCGAGGCUGUGGUGUGCAAACUCGUGAGUCGUCGUCACCGCCACAGCGACCCGCCAUCAAAAGUUGUGUAGCUCGUUGAGUAUGAAAACUACUGCAAUAUCAAUGGAAGUCACGAUGCAAGGAUGUA